CGGGUGGCUGGGGUAGCUUUAAAGCAACACUCGCGCGUGUCGGCCUGCCAUGGGCCAGCUGUUCGGCAAAAAGCCCCACCAGGGGCCUCCGCCCAAUGUGGACCAGGAUGACAUGGCGCUGCUGGACCUCAAGGCCCAGCGGGACCAGCUGCUGGCCUCGCGGCGCCGCGUGGAGGCGAGGGCGCAGAAGGCCUACGAGGUGGCCAGGCAGCUGGUCGCCAAAGACCAGAGGAACCAGGCGUUGCUGGCGCUGCGGCGGCAGAAGCAGCAGAAGCAGCUGGCAGAGGAGUGCCAGAACCACCUGAACAAGCUGGAGGAGAUGAUCUUCAGCAUCGAGAUGGCGCAGACCACCAAAGGCACCGUGGAGGCUUUGAAGACCGGCGUGGCCAUGAUGAAGCGCAUCCAGAAAGAAGUCGGAGGCGUGGACCAAGUCCAGAGACUGCUUGGAGAACAGGAGGAGGCCAUGGAGGCUCAGCAGGAGAUCAACGCCCUGCUGGCCGGAGGUGGAGCCGCGGCAGACGACGCCGACAUGCUGGCGGAGUUUUCCAAAAUGCAGGAAGAGGCCACUCUGGACGCCCUGCAGAAGAACGGCUCGGAAGAGGUCGCUGAGCCAGCGCCUGCUGCGCCCGCUGCGCCCGUGGAGACGCCGGAAGAGGAGGAGGUGACGGCUGCACAGCCAGAGGCGCCCGCAAGCCCGGUGAGCGCCGCGCCCAGCGCAGCGCCCAAAGCAAGCCCAGAGAUCGCAGCUCCCACAGCACGGAUCUUGGAGCCUGCGUGAGGAAAUCCAAUCCGCGGCACAAGGCAGAAAUUCAAAAAACGCCGCCUGAACGUCUCC